AACAAUCUGUUGGUUCCUGUCGAAUUUAGGUUCAUUAAAGUCACAAGGUCUUACCCUUUUCAUUUUCCACUGUGAACCGAAUCUGCUGCACAGGCGCUUCGACCGCUUAAAUCCAAUUCAAUUGACAACAAUCAAACAAUUGUAAACAAAAUGGCGUCCAGAAGACAACGGCCCCUGAGCGCCAAUUUUGUUUCUGUCGGUAGUUUACGAGAAAACAAGGGUACCCCUCCGCGUUCUGGCAUCAGGACACCACCAAACAAAGUGAAGACACCACUGACAACAUCGAGGUCAAAUAUUAGCCAAACUUCAAAUGAUCCUGCUGAUGGAUUGUCUAUCACUGGUUCUGGUGUUGGUUCAGCUAGAACAAAGAACAAAAGAGGUGAGAACUUGAGGGGAUCGUUGGGCUCAUCACUGAGACCAAAUGAAGUCCAGAAACCUGCUCCAAAAAUUAUGCAAAAAGAUUCUAAAACCCAUUCUGGCACAAAAGGAGGAAGUGCAACGUCCCAAAGGGGUGGCAGUGCUAAAAAUCUCUUGACCAAACCAGCUUGGUUUGUUUCUACCGAUGGAAUUUCAAAUGAAACGCCACGCAGUGAUACCUCAAAAGCCACUUUCAGUGUCAUUCCACCACGCCCUUCUGUUGACGAGUUCUUAGACUCUGAAGUCAGGGAAACCAAGAAAGAAAGCCCGCGCAGGAAUGAGUUAGCAAGAAGUUUUUCAAAUCCUGCUAGGUAUGAAGAUCAAAGUGCUUCGGUUGGUUUCCUUGAUCAGGCAGCUCUUUCAAAAAUUGGCCAUCUUUUGGAAAACAUCAGCAACGACAGCAAGCUAAGUGACGUCAGGAAAGAACCUGAGUUUGACAAACCAAGCAAGUCAUUUGGAAAUAAAACAAGUGCAACAACAGAUAGUAAUCAUUGGCCUAAUUAUAAAGAAGAUGGUGGGGAUCCGGAGGAUUUGCUGUUUUCACAAGCCAAUAAAAGAGCCACUAAGACGCGAGACUCUAAAACACAUGUUAAUAGUAAGGUUGGGGGCGGAAAGUCUACAGUUCAUAGAAGCUGGGGAAGUGUUGAAGGAAUUGAGACAAAAACAGAUGAUUAUUUAAUCGCAAGAAGAGAGAAAGCAGCAAUCGUUAUUCAAAGAUGGUACCGUCGAGUUAAGAUAAGAAAGACUGCUGGGGCAGCUGCAAUGAAACGAAUGAUGGAUGCAAAAAGGAAGGAAGUAGAAGCGAGGAUGAGUUAUGAAAAAGAAGAGUUCCAAGUGCAGCAUAACGCUGAAGUGGAUAAAAUAAAAAGAAGGGAAGAAAAGGCAAGGUUAGCAAGACAGGCUGCCAUUGAAGAUCUUCAGAAGAAACGCGAGGAGAAGAAAACAAGAAAUCAGGCCAUAGCACAACAAGAAAUAGCUUACCUUCAAGAAAGUGGGAAGAUAUCAAAGCAAAAAUCUCAACCAAAAUCCAGGCCAAGACAGAAGAGGCCCGAUAGUGCAAGCUCUGCUCAGUCAAUUUCGAAUGGCAAAAAAGCAGACGGGGAAAGGGAUCUAAGACCCCCAACUGCAAGCAGCGUGGGAAGAAAGGUUGACGAAAUAUUUGAGGGCUCGAGUCAUGCACGCAGUCAUAAAGAUGAAGACACUGAUAUCAUGCUUACAGAUCGAACAGCAGGAAAUGACGAAACAACCGUCAGCAGCAAGGCUGAAGAGGAGGUGAAAGGAAGUAAGACGACGUUCGAAGAUUUGCUAGACACUCUGAAGGAGCUGGAGUCUGAACCGCCUGAACUUAGUAAACAAAGAAAGUCGUACAAAGAUGCCUGGAUUAAUGACACUGAUGGCAAGAACGAAAGGCAUUCGUUGACAACGCAAAAUCUUCGCACUUUAUCGUCCUCAAAAGAUGACAGAAUGACGAACAAUCCACUUUUAACUGCGGAUAAACUAAGGUCAAUUAUAGACUUUCUAGACGAAGUCGAGCAAGCCGAGCAGGAUAUCCGAAGUGAACUUAGCAGGUCCAGGGUGGUUGACUCUGUAGUUUCAGAGAAAAUUUCUGAUGUCUUUGAGGGAGUCCUUUCACCUGAGAAGGAUAUGGAUUCUGCCUCGCAAAUAGCAAGCGAAAUAAGCAAAGCAAUUUCUGAACAGAAGGAACAGCUAAAUGACAAAAAUCGAUCUGUAAAUUUAUUGCAAAAAGCGUUGCAACAGCAACGCGAAUUCUCUUCGACACACAUACAGGAGGUGAGCAAAGAACACAAGCAGCAGUUGAGUCUCCAGAGGCAAGAAUACGAGAGCACUAUCCAAAGGCAUUUGUCCUUUAUUGACCAACUGAUUGAUGACAAGAAGGUUCUGAGCCAACGCUGCGAGGAUCUUGUGAAAAAGCUGAAGGAGACAGAUCAAAAGUAUUCAACGAAGCUGAAGACAGUUGAGGAGAAUCAUGCAGUCGAGCUUAAAAAGCAAAAAGAGGUGAUGGAGGCUGCUGAAAAACUGCGCAGAGAAAAAUGGAUACAAGAAAAAACGAUUCAAAUAAAGGAAAUGACUGUGAAAGGUCUGGAGCCUGAUAUUCAGAAGCUGAUCGCCAAACACAAAGCAGAAAUAAAGAAACUCAAAGCUAUGCACCAGGGUGAAUUGCUGGAAGCAGAUGAGAGAGCUGGUAGGAAAUACAUCAGACAAAUUGAAGAAUUGAGAGAACAGCUAGAGAUCGAAAAGGACCAAGCAGUGCAGAGAGAAAGAGAUAUUGCAAGACAAAGGUACGAAAAGCAAUUGGAACAAGAAGAACAAGCUUACCAGCAACAGCGGAGGCGCCUGUACUCUGAAGUUCAGGAGGAGAAAGAAAGGCUCACAGAACAGCUGCAAAAAACAAAACAAGAAACGACCCAAGAGAAGAACGCCAGUGAAGAAUCAUAUCGUCAUACACUCCUUGCCAUGCAAGAGGACCAUCACAAAAAGCUUGAAGAAAUCGAAAGGCGGCAUACUUCAGAAAUGAGCAAUCUGAAAGAGCAACUUGAAAUCGAAAAACAGCAGUGGAUAGAAAACUACAUGAAAAAACAGGAUACAUACUUAUUGGCAAAAGAAAGAGAAUUAAAAGAGGGUGUCAGAGAAGCAAGAGACAAGGAAAUUGAGAUGGUAAUUUCGAGACUAGAAAAAGAAACUGCGGAGGCAAAAGAAGAAUGCGAAAGAGCAGCAGACAACCGAAUAAAGAGAAUUAGAGACAAGUAUGAGAAUGAAAUGAAAGAAUUGGAAAACUCGGAGAGGUCUUAUCAAGAGAGAUAUGGUGCCGCAAAAGAGCGAUCUAAUGAUCUUGAGAAUGAGACAAUAAGACUUCGCAGUCAGUUAAAGCAAAAAGAUCAAGAGGUUAUUGACAUCAAAAAGUUAACAGAACAACUUCAAAGUGAAAGGGGGAAGGCUACUGAUAUAAUAAGACAAGAGUUUGCUGACAGGCUUGUCACUACAGACGAAGAUAACAAGAGGCUGAGAAACGAUAUCAGUGAGUUGAAAGCGAGGCAAAGAUUAGAAAUAGAUAGGGUGGUUAAGGAAAAGGAGGAUGAGAUGGAGGAAGUUCAUAAAAGGGUGAAGAUGGCGAUUUCAAAGAAAGAAGAGACAGUUCAGAUGUUGCGUCACCAAAUGCAGGCUGCUGAAAAGAGAGCUGACCAUUUGGAGAUGCUGUUGGCCGAACAGCGUAAGAAGUUGAUGCGAUAAUUUCACAAGAACCUGGGUGUUAUGACAUCUGUGUAACAGCUCCAGCACGAUUUGAACCCCCUCUCUCCCAGUUGCAAUUUUCACAGAAGCUCUAUUCAGUUUUCCUGGGGUAUGGCUUUGUUAUCGUGGAGCUGCUAAUGAUUUUGUCGUGGAGAUUCUUAACUCAGAGGCUAAAAAGAUGGCUGUAGGGUUAAAAAGAUGGCUGUAGGGCAAAUUUUCCAAUACGUCACAGCCAGGACUGGGUAGCUGCUUUUUGGCAACCUGUUUUGGUUGCAGAGCACUUUUUCUGCAUUGAGGAUCAAUUCUAAUGAACAUUGAGUCACAAGUUGUGUAAACUGGAGACAAUCCGAUUAAAUAUUUUUGUAAAUAUGGUUCAUUAUGUCCGGUUGCAAAUAUUGUGCGUCUAUUCGAUUAUUUAUUCGGGAUUUUCCUGAAAUAAAAGAAGGAAAUAA